AUGGAUACAUCUCAAAAAUUCGACAUCCCGCCAGGUGUUCCGACUUGUUUGGUUCCAUUCGAUAAGGGAUGGGAUGAACAGUUCUGGGCGACAAUCAGUUAUUAUGAGUUGAAUACGAGAGUUGGAGAACAAGUGAAAGUAUCAUCUUCAACGAUUACAAUUGAUGGAUUCACGGAUCCGUGUAUCAACGGAAGCAAGAUAAGUUUGGGUCUUUUCUCGAAUGUCAACAGGAAUGCAACGAUUGAGAAUACGAGAAGACAUAUUGGAAAUGGAGUCAAAUUGACCUACGUCCGUAGCAAUGGAGCACUAUUUGCACAGUGUGAAAGUGACUCUGCAAUCUUCGUUCAAUCUCGUAAUUGCAAUUAUAUCAAUGGAUUCCAUCCGACGACUGUUGUCAAAAUUGCAAACAAAUGCUCGUUGAAAAUUUUCGAUAUGGAGAUUUUCAGAACUCUACUGGAAGACUGUAGUCGUCGUGGGUUUGACGCCUCUUUCGAUUUACAAAAAAUGACAUUUAUCCGAAUGUCAUUCGUAAAAGGAUGGGGUGCAGAAUAUCAGAGACAGGAUGUCACUUCGACUCCAUGCUGGAUUGAGAUUCAUCUUCAUGCUCCGUUAGCUUGGCUCGAUCGGGUUCUGUUCACCAUGUCGCCAACUCCUCGGCCGAUUUCUUCCAUUUCCUAA